UCUCUUUCUCUCUGAGCCAACAGGUUGCAGCAGCUUCACCCCCACCCCCAGCACUCUUCCUAAACUUUUCUGCAGAGCCUGGGAAGGAAAGUCUAUGCCAUUCAUCCACUCUUCCACACCUCUAUCACACAGACGUACAGAUACGCUGGGUCUCAUUUAGUCAGUAAUCUCUUUCAGCCGCCUCUUCAAGGAUACAAUCUCAAUUCCAGAUUUGUUUUUGCCUGAAUUGGAUUAAACAUUUUUUUGUGUGUGCAUUUUUAGGAGUUAUUUUUCCCCCCUCUUGACCCUCAAGAAGCCACCUGGACUGGGAAGAUAUUGACUUGUCAGCAGUGAUAGCAGAGAGGAAGAGUUGGAUUUGAUGGUUGUGGAGAGGAAUUUAAGAAGUGGAUUUGUGAAGAGGAGUAGUGGGGAGGGGGAGCAGGUGAUCGAAAGAGGAAGAAGAGGCGAGGAAGAGCAUGGGCGGCUCUUCUGUGUGGAUCUUUCUGCUGUCCCUUUCUCUCUCUCAUCAGAGCGUUACAGCACAAGCUGAAGCAUGUAGGACGGUGGUGCAGGCGGACAUAGUGUUUCUUUUGGAUGAGUCAUGGAGUGUGGGUCAGACCAGCUUCUCCAGAGUCAAAGACUUCAUCUCAGCCAUCACUACCUCCUUUCAGGACAGUGUGGGGGGAGCUGAGGGGGUCCGCUUUGGAGUCACUGUCUUUGGGGAUGUUCCAAGGAUGCGGGUUGCUUUGACAGACUACAGUUCGCUGGAGGAGGUCCUCAGAGCAAUCCGUGACCUUCCCUAUGAGGGUGGAUCCAGGAAAAUCGGCACUGCCCUUCAGUUUCUGGUGGACUCUGUUUUCAGCCCCGUCAUCAGUCGAGAUUUUGCCCCAAAAAUUGCCAUUUUGAUCACAAAUGGACGCUCAGACGACCAGGUGGAUGCUGCAGUCAGAGCAGUAGCUGACAAUGGAAUUUCUCUCUUUGCAGUAGGCAUUAGGGGAGCUGAUGAGUCAGAACUGAGGAGGAUCGUGUCAGAACCAUAUGAGGAGCAUCUGUUGAUGGGCGCUGAGUUCUCUCUCCUGGACACCAUCCUCCCCAAACUGUCCCGCAGAGUGUGUUUUACUGCCUCCGAACCACCACGUCCUGUGAAAACUUCCCAGCCCACUGAAGAGCGGGUGGUUGGACCCAGAGACUUGCAGAUUAGUGAACUGGCCCACAGUUCCGUCAGACUGACAUGGAGCCAGGCAACAGGUGACGUCACUGGAUAUCGCCUCCUGGUCGCCCCUCUCAACUCCAAGGGACACCGCCUCCCUCUGCAGCAGAGGCAGAUGGAUCUGAAGGCAGAUGUGAGCACAGCAGUGGUGACAGAGUUGAGUCCUAAAACAGACUAUUCCCUCACAGUGUAUGCCAUCUACCCGAGUCUCAUAGGAGACUCUGCGACAAUCACCGUCAAGACAACCCCUUUGCCGAAAGUGUCAAACUUCCGUGUCAUUGAGGAGGGUCUGUUCUCUCUGCGCCUCGGCUGGACACCUCCUCUAGGGAAGCUCAGUGGAUUCAAGAUCUUCAUUCCAAGAUCCAACAGACCAGGAUUAACUUAUGAGCAGCUGCUUCCUGGAGACACUUCUUCUCAUGUGAUUGACAGCCUGGAGGAGGAUAAGAAGUACACGAUCAGUAUUUACGCUGUUUACCCCCAAGGACUGAGCGAGCCGGUUUCAUUAGUGGGCAAGACAUUAAAGCUGGUACCAGUUCAGAAGUUCCUGGUCCAGAAUGCCACUACAGACACUGUCCAAGCCAGGUGGGCAUCCGUCAGAGGUGCUACAGGAUACAGACUGACGUGGGCGUCCCCAGAUGGCCACAUAGAGAACAUAAACCUUGGGGACACCUUUAACUUCUACAUGAUUCAGGGCCUCCACGCCGGCUCUGAGUACACCGUCACCAUCAACCCCAUCUUUGGAGACAUCGAGGGGCCUGUCAUCAACACCAAAGUCAAGACAUUGGAGAGUAGUGCAGUUCAGACUCUGAAGGUUUCUGCUGUGAGCACCAGUACUGCCGUCAUCUCAUGGAACAGUGUCCCCGGGGCCACAGGAUACCGACUGGCAUGGGGGCCCACCCCAGAGUUUGUGGGUCGGGAUCGUCCCAGGCAGUUGGCUCUGAACAGCAGCACCACCGAGUACCAGCUGAAGAAUGUAGCUCAUGAUACGGAGUACGUCCUGAGUCUGUAUGUGCUGUUUGGAUCUGUGGUAGGGCCCGGUAUCAGCGCUACCUUCAGAACCUCUCCUUUGGGCUACGUGUCCAACUUCAAGGUGACAUCCUACACCAGCACCUCUAUAGAUGUGGAGUGGAGUCCCAUUGUUGGAGCCACCGAGUACAAACUCUCUUGGAACACAGAUGAUGGCAAACCCCAGUCCCAAUACCUGGAUCGCAGGAUCCUCUUCCACCAUAUCAAAGACCUGAACCCACAGUCCACCUACAUAGUCACCAUCCGUGCAGUUUACGGCAACUCAGAGGGACCAGAUAUCUCCUUGUCUCAACUUACAGCUGCAGUAUCAGACUCAGAGCCGGUUCAGGCAGUGAGGGAUGUGAAGGUUGUGGACAUCGGGGUCAAUUCCUUCACUCUGUCCUGGAGGAAAACAGCAGGGGCUUCUGGGUACAAAAUCUCCUGGAUCCCCUUCUUUGGAGGGGAAGAGAAGUCCCAUGUGGUGUCAGCUGCCGCCACCACCUUCACCAUCCGCAACCUGAAGGAGAGUACAGCCUAUAAGAUGCAGGUGUCGUCCGUGGUGGGCAGCAGGGAGGGAAGUGCAGUUCUGGUCACAGCACGCACAUUGGAUCUUCCAAAAGUGGAUGGAUUUGCUGCUCUGAAUACAACAGACAGCAGCACCGUUCUGAACUGGACCCGUGUGGCAGGAGUGUCUGGAUACCUUCUCUCCUGGAGGCACAUCUCAGUGUUGGAGACUAAAACAGAGAAACUGGGUCCUGGCUUCACCUUCUACAAGAUUGGUGGUCUUCUCUAUGGCAGAACCUACAUUUUCACCAUCAGACCUUUGUAUGGAGAAGUGGAGGGACCUAUAAGCACCUUGUACCAGAGAAUAUUGGGACAAGAUCACCCUGUUAUAACAGUCCAGCCUGUGCCGGCCACAGCGGCCCCUCACAUCACGACUGCCUCCCGCACUGCCUCCAUCAUCAACACCACCAUCGUGCAAUCAACCACCAGGACCACCCGACAUCCCGUCACUGUGCCACCAACUAAGUCUGUAACAACCAAGAAGCCUCCAGCUCAGCCAAAAGUCACUGAAGCCAAAGUAGCAGCAGCCACCUCCCCACGAUUAUCCACGCUGAGCACAGAGACAGCAACUCAGCCACGACCAGUGUGUGCAAAGACCAAAGCAGACGUAGUGUUUUUAGUGGAUGAGUCAUCGAGCAUCGGCGCCAACAACUUCAUCAAGAUGAAAGACUUCAUAUUCCGAGUGGCCACUUACUUCCCUGUCAUCGGGCCACAGGGCACACAGUUAGCCGUGGUUCAUUACAGCGACGAGCCUCGAAUUGAAUUCCGUCUAAGUGACUUCAAAGACAGAAACUCUGUGCUCAGGGCUCUGAGAGCACUACGUUACAAAGGGGGGAACACAAAAACAGGAAAAGGCAUCAGCUACGUCCUGCAGGAGCUGUUCCAGGAGUCUCUGGGGAUGAGGCAGGAUGUGGCCCAUGUUCUGGUUCUGAUUACAGAUGGCAGGGCACAGGAUAAUGUGUUACCACCCUCCAGGAUUGCACAUGCUUUGGGAGUCAGCGUCCUGGCAGUUGGAGUUUCUAAUGCAGACAUGGAGGAGCUGAAUAAAAUAGCAGCUCCCACCAGCUACAAGAAUAUUUUCUACUCGCCGACCUUUGAUGACUUCCCCUCCAUAGAAAGAGAAUUUAUCAGUAGCAUCUGUAGUGAGGAAAUCCUGUCCGAGUUCAAACUAAAUGAUGAGUUUGCUCAAUUAGACACCCCAACUGAUGACCCAGAGGAGCUGCUUAAGCCUGAGGGUCCCUGCUCCUCACAGUGUGUGAAGGGCCAGAAAGGGGAAAAGGGAGAUGGUUUUGGUGUUGGAGGUCUGAAAUUCAGGCAAAGUCCAGGACUAUAUGAUCCAUUCACAUCUUCCAAAGGAGAGAAAGGAGAGAGGGGGCCUCCUGGAACAGAUGGUAUUCCUGGGUUGCCAGGACGACCAGGAAGAACUGGACCCCCGGGUUCUGCUGGCCAGCGGGGCCCUCCAGGCGUCCCAGGUGACAUGGGUCUUCCUGGACGCACUGGUCCUAAGGGACAAAGAGGGGAAAGAGGAGAGCCUGGAUACGUCAUAGCCGGCACUGAUGCUAAUUUUGUGCCUGGACGAAAAGGAGAACCGGGAUCUUCAGGUCCUCAGGGACCUCCAGGUGUCUCGGGGGUCAACGGAUCUCCAGGCCUGCCUGGCCAGCCGGGACCACCAGGGUCACCAGGAACACCUGUUAAGGGAGAUCCUGGAGAGCCAGGAGCUAAAGGUUUACGUGGGAAGCAAGGCGCGAAAGGAGACAAAGGAGAGCCGGGAAAAGAUGGUAUUGCAGGUUUGCCUGGUCCCAUUGGCAUCGAUGGGGGACCAGGAUUACCAGGUCAGAAAGGAGAGAAGGGUGAAGAAGGAAUUGGCAUACAAGGUAUUCAAGGUCCGCGAGGAGAACCGGGAGAGAAGGGAAAUAUUGGCUUAAUAGGACCAGUCGGCCCAAAGGGUGAGCGUGGAGAGCAGGGCAUCCAGGGAAUCAUCGGACCUCGGGGGAAAAAGGGAUUCAAAGGGGAGCAAGGGGACAAGGGAGAACAAGGAGAGAUGGGACCAACAGGCUCACAAGGACCAACAGGACUGACGGGGCCGAUGGGGUUAAAAGGAGAUGAAGGUCCAAGAGGAAUCCCUGGAGAUCCUGCCAAGGGAAUAAUUGGUCCAACUGGAAAAAAGGGUACAAGGGGAGACAUCGGUCCAGUUGGUCCAACAGGCUCUCAGGGAAUAAAAGGAGAACAAGGCAAUAAAGGAGAAAAGGGUAGUCCUGGUUUUGGGAUUCCAGGACAACAGGGACCAAAGGGAGAAAAUGGCGAAAGAGGAAAUGUUGGUUUAUCUGGAAAACCAGGGCCAAAGGGGCAGGACGGCUCUAAAGGUGACAAAGGGAGCGUUGGCUUACCUGGCAAUCCUGGAGAACCAGGAUUAAGAGGUAAAGAUGGUGCAUCUGGAGCUAAAGGAGAGCAAGGAAUUAAGGGUGAACUAGGACCAGCUGGAGAACCUGGUGACAGAGGAAUCAGGGGUCCACUGGGGUUACCAGGACGACCAGGGGACCCUGGAGAAAAAGGCGACUCUGGGAAGGCUGGUCUGCCUGGCACUGAGGGAAGCAAAGGUGACAAAGGAGAGCCGGGAAAACCUGGACCUCCGGGAACACAAAUUACUACAGACAACAACAUACUGACCAGAGUCAUUAAGGGUGAGCCUGGUCAGCCUGGUGUGAGAGGAGAAACUGGUCUACCUGGUCCAAGAGGUCCAGAAGGAAAACCUGGAUUACCAGGAUCAUCUCGCGGUGGUUCAGGAAGAGAUGGACUUGAUGGUUUACCAGGAAAACCUGGAAUGAAGGGUGAUGAAGGACCAAAAGGAGAACCUGGUCUGAAAGGAGAUAAAGGAGACCAGGGCCGGAUUGGGAUUGCUGGAAUGCCUGGUUUACCGGGAACUCCUGGGAGACCUGGCAUUGAUGGGAAGAGAGGCCUGCCAGGAAAAGAUGGAGAAAGGGGACUCAAAGGAGAUGACGGCAGCAAGGGGGACAAAGGAGAUGCAGGUGCAAAUGGUAAAGAUGGCAUUAAUGGGGAACCAGGACCUCCAGGUUUGCCUGGUAGGCAAGUGCUCGUUACUUCUGAGGGCGCCACCAUUGAUGAAAUCCGACAAGCAUUUCCAAUCCCAAUGGGUCCUCCAGGAGCCACUGGUUCGCCGGGAGUAAAGGGCGAUAAAGGAGAAAGAGGCCUGAAAGGGGAGAAGGGGAAUCAUGGAGCUCCUGGAAAAUCUCUUGAAAUGAAGGACAUCGAAGUGAUGUUUGAAGCCUACGGCAUAAGGCUGCCUUUGCUGAAGGCGUUGAUUGACAGGCUGCUGCAGGAUGGAAUAGAGGAGCUGCUUCAUGUUCUCAGCACCUCCAAGAAAACAAAAGGAAACACAGAGACUCACACCUCCAACGUCAUCACCGAGUACACAAGUUCUGUGAAGUUUGACCUCACCAAUCAGCCGUUGGACACCAUUGGGGACCCUGACUUGGAAGACCAUCUAUCUGAAUCUUUGUCAGCUGAUCUGUUAAAUGAAACUGCAGAGGGUCCGACUUUAUGGAGCGUCACCACACUGAAUGGAGAGUUCAACACGAUAGAGGCCAGACGGAAGCAGAUAGUAGACCGGGACAGUGACCAAGUGCCUUCACUCAAAAUUAAUUUCACCGUAGUUAAUUCUACUUUCAACUACACUACAGCCAAAGAGACGGUUUCAGGCUUACCUGAAACGGUGGUGGAGACUGUUCUCCUCACUCAGGAAGACUCACUGAAGAAGAAUUCAGGAGCAAAGAAGAACAGGGAACGUGGGAAAGGCAAAGGAAAUAAAGGACGACAUAAGAGGCAGAGACAACGCCUGACAAGUGAAAAGGACAAGAAAGAAGAGGAAGAGGAGUUUUAUAACGGCGAGGAAUACAAUUAUGAAUACGAGGAAGAAAUUUCCCCAGAUGACCCUCCAGUCUCCAAAGAGAGAAGAGAGAACAGACAGCUUGAAGUCCAGACAGAUGAAAUCCCCCAUCAAGCGGAUGAAAAGGAGGAACAGUUACCCACACACAAUCCUGCCCAGUUAGAAACCUCCGGUCCUCCUGCUACUUUGUUCUCAGACAGAAAAACAAGCACACAGGUCAUCUCAACAACAACGGAGCCACAAUCUCAACCAACGGAUGAUAUAGAGGAGCAUGAAGUGUCACUGCCGACACCUCCAGUUGCAACAGAAGAACCAGAAAAGGUGCCUCGAUUUCAAAUGAGGGUGAAAAGAGGCACCUCCUGGUCCGACUCCAUGGUGUUCAUGCCAGGUGUCCAGGGUGGAAGAAAUCGCUUUAAAGCAGCACAAAAACAUGUGUCCUCUGGAGCCCGAGGUUACAGCAGUUGGAAUAAUGCCCAGCAAGAAAAUACUGACCUUCAAAUGCAUAUCAGGAGGGAGAGGCACGAAAUCAGAGCGAGACAGAGAUACAGUGAUGCAGGAAGAGAGAUUCAUAAAGAAAUACAAGGUGGAGAUGAAAAACCGACUAUAGCUGAAGAAGUGGAAGACUGGGAGGUGGAAAAAAACAUAAUGCAAGGCAGAUAUACAGGCCCUGAUCCAGACUAUGAAGAAGAGGAGAGGAGUGGAGAUUAUGACUGGGAGACAGAGGAAGAUGUGGAUCGAGAGAAGGAAGAGGGGGAGGACCUGGAGAGGCAGAGAGAGAGGGAGAGACUGGAGAUGGAGAGAGAAAGAGAGGAACUGGAGAAGGAGAGGGAACAAAUGGAGAAGGAGCUGGAGAGGGAGAGAACCAACCCGGAAGGGGGGAGAGACCUGGAGAAAGAGAGGGAGGAAUGGGAGAGGAGGAGGGAGGAGAUGGAGAGGAGGAGAGAGGGGCAUUAUGAUGAGGAAACUAGACAGCCAUAUCCAUAUCCCCCAGAUUACUUCUUCCUGAAGGGACAACCAGGUGAAAGUGGAAAACCUGGAAUAAAGGGUGAAAUUGGUGAAAAGGGACAAAAGGGAGAGCCAGGCAUCGGCCACAGAGGGCCAGAGGGUCAGGCUGGUCCUCCAGGACAGAAGGGGGAGCCAGGUGAGCCAGGACCUCCAGGUGCUCAGGGCAUCCAGGGUAUCCGUGGCAACGCAGGCAUUCAAGGCUCGCCGGGGUUUAGAGGUCCUCCAGGAGACCCAGGAGAACCAGGAAGAGAGGGUGAACGAGGUAAACGAGGGAAGAGUGGAUCACCAGGAGCUCCUGGACCUCAAGGAUCGCCAGGACCUCAUGGUCUUCCUGGAGUUCCUGGAGCAAAAGGAGAAAAGGGUGACAGCAUUCCAGGUGAGCCUGGUGCCAGGGGUGUGGCUGGCCUCCUCGGGAGAAGGGGUGAAAGAGGUCCUCCAGGCGUUAAAGGAACUCCAGGAAACAUAGGUCCAAAAGGCUUGCGUGGCAGCAAAGGCGAAAAGGGAGACCGUGGCUUACCAGGAAUCAGAGGAGAAAGGGGGAGUGUGCUUCAAAUCCAAGGACCUUGUGGAUUUAAGGGUUCCAAGGGGGAUGCGGGUGAGCGAGGUCCACCAGGUUUUGAUGGGGAUAAAGGAGAGAAGGGUGAAGAUGGUCCACCUGGUGUCAAGGGCCUAAAGGGAGAUGCAGGAACGAAAGGUGCACUGGGACGUUUUGGAGCACGAGGACCAGUAGGCCAGAAGGGAGAUUCAGGAGAGCCAGGGCUCAAUGGAGUGAUGGGUCGCACUGGGGAUCACGGAGUGGAUGGGGCCAAAGGGGACAAAGGGGACAAUGGACUAGUGGGCCAGAAGGGCAAUCAGGGGGAUCCAGGAGAACCCGGCUUACCAGGAGACAAAGGCGAGAAGGGACAGAAGGGUUUCAGAGGUUUUCCUGGACAUAUUGGGAGUCCCGGUCUGGAUGGAGAAAAGGGAGACAUGGGGCUACACGGCACCCCGGGUAUACCUGGACUGAAUGGACUCACGGGGCGCAAGGGUGAUAAGGGACAAGGAGGAAUCAAUGGUGCUGAUGGUGUUUCAGGAGUCAAAGGGGAAAAGGGUGUAGGAGGAUUCCCAGGAUUCCCUGGGUUUAAAGGGUCAGCAGGAAGCUCAGGAAGGGAUGGAGAUGAAGGACCACCAGGGCCACCAGGUCCUCGUGGGGAUGCAGGGCCAAAGGGAGAGAGAGGCAGAAGAGGUCGGUUGAAGCCAUGUCAGAGGGGAGCACCAGGGACGCCAGGACAAAGAGGAGAGACUGGUACAGUUGGUGUUGAAGGAGCAAAAGGGGAGAAAGGGGAGCCUGGACUCUCUGCUGAAGAAGUGAAGGAGCUCGUCACCCAGGAGGUGGUAGAGAAGUGUGGUUUGGAAUACAAGUUCAUGUACAAUCUGUGGACCCAGAUGCCACAACUGCAGUGAAUGAGAAAGAAAAUGAGCCCGAAGAAGCACCGACAGCCACAGCUCGUGACGAAGAAGGUGAAAGAGUGGAAGAGGAAAACAUCAGAGAAGUGACAAGUCCUGCCCCUGUGGUCCUUGGAGAAGAAGAG